AUGGAGGUUGAUAAUCAAAAGACGGAGCAUGAGAAUGAAGUGUCACAAGAGCUAUCUAGUGCUGGGGAGGUUCACUUGGGACAAGAUAGCACUGACAGAAAGGAUGAUGAUGAAGAAGAGGAGGAGGAGGAAGAAGAAGACAAGAUAGUCGAAAAGUCUCACAACAGUCGAUUUCACAAAAGGAACAAGCGUUUCCCGAAACAAAUAGAAGGUGUAGACAAUGCUUUCGUUGCAAUAGAGCCGAAAUCUGGCAAGGAAGUUAUAUGGAAUGAAUGUAUCCUUCCUGAGAAAAAGACAGACAAAGAAAACAGGUACUUGUCACUAAUUAAAAAGUUAAAGAAAAAUUCCCACCCAUUUCUCGUGCGCUUCUUGGAUGCCUGGGUAUCGAAAACGGAGGAAGGCCCACGCAAACUUGUUUUCAUUACUGAGCGUCUUGAUGAAUGCACUUUAAAACAAUUCCUGUGCAAUUCUGCCCGGAACAAUCGCUUAUGGAACAGACAUGUGGGACAGCUCCUGUCCGUGUUAAUGUUCCUGCAUCGUCUUGGUGUCGCUCACGGUAAUUUAACCAAAGAAUCAAUUUACUAUCAAAACUCUGGCAACCUCCGAGUUGGACUAUUUGCACUUAGUAGGUGUCUUGAUCAAAAAUCUGAGGCUUUCGAUGUAUACUCCCUAGGCGUUGUCUCUUUAGAGAUUGCUGUUUGGACGCCUUUGGAAUUUCCACAAAAUCUGGAUCUGCCUGAAAGAUGUCAACAGAUGAUGUCACGCUUAGACAACAACAAUCAGAAAAGUUUCAUCGAAGCAUGUUUUGACACUAGUUCUGCAACAAAAGGCCUUAUUAAGCGUCUGUUGAACCAUCCGGCGGUUACGGAAGUACCAAUUCUAAAAUUGUUAUCUGCCCGAAUGAUAGUUAACUCAAUGAUUUCUGUAACCAAUGAAGAAGGUGGUCAAAAUGAACCGACGGGGUUUGCUAGUUUAUUGAAAGAUUAUCUUAGUCGAUAUGAAGAUGAGACAGUUAUUAUGGAAGUUCACUUUCCACAUGAUAAAUUGGUCAAAACUAGAUUGUGGAAGGACUUUCGAUCAAACUUCACCCUUACUUCCAAGUACCUUGAGGAUGUCAAAAAUGGUUUUUAUCCAUUGUUUGGAUGUCGCUGGGAUGCCUAUCAGGGGGAAGACGAAGAAGUCACCUGUGUUGCUUACACAGGAGCUCCAGUACUCCCUCCUACUAAUGGUCUAACAAGUAAUCUAUCAACUGCAAGUGGUAUUGCUAAGAAUGACCCACAUGUUUCAGUUGGAUAUUGUUCUUCGUGUACAUCGACCACCCCGAGUACUUCCGUCUCCCGUAAACAUUCUUUAGCUGUUAAACUUACAGAUUUAACUAGUGGUUCACAAUUUGCUACAGAGGAUCAGGCACCUACACAGUGUGAAGAAACUUCAAAAGGCAAUGUUGACACGUCGCACGUGGGUCUUGUAGAUUGUCUUUCCAAUCAAGUGUCAAAAACAGAUUCCAGUCGAUUAUUUAAGGUAGCAGAUACUGAUAGGAAAAGGGAUGAUGCUUCAGUCAAAGCAAGUGAAGUACCUGGUCUGAUUUCCGUACCUACAUUUGAUGAUGAUAACCACUCCCCAUCGAAAACAGCUCCACCUCUAAAGACAAGUCAGACGAUAGAAAUAGGACAAGCAGAGUUAAAGUGGUCAGAAAAACCUUUCGACCCACCGUUGGAUAUAACUGAAAAAAGUGAAAUUCGUGGUCAAUAUACACUUGAAACCCGUGAAGAUGACACAUGUUCAGCUCCACCAGAUGAAGCAACUCAACCCAUACGUAAAUCUCCACUCGAUGUGAAAUCUGAUCUUUCUAUUGACAUACAACAAAAAGAAAUAACUAAUAGUGAUGCCAUUGGUUUAACUGAUGAAAAAGCCUUAGAUGCGAAUACAAUAAGUGAUGAUGAAGACGAUGAUAAUGGCGAUGAUGACGACGAUGAGGAUGAAAAACGUGUUGUAGAACAAGUUGAGCGUUACGAACCACAAACUGUACACGUCAAUCCUCCAGAACGUGCACCAAACCAUCCAGCUUUAUUCACUCAUUGUCAGUAUUUGUAUGUUGGAGCAGGUCGUUGGCAAGUUUAUGUUCAAAUGUGGUUUGUUGAAGAUCGUUUAAAAAGAGAGACAUAUGUACAAGUAUUCGAUUAUGAAUGGCAUGAUCAUGAACGUGUAGCUGAUUUAUUUGAAGCUUCAAAGUGUUUAAGUCCAGUUGAUCGUUGCAAUCUGGUUAGAUUACUCGCUUUAGCAAGACAUAAUUGUGCUCUAAUCGAUGGUGAACUACAAUUUCCUGGACCGAUUGCAACUAGACAAAGUAAUUUUGAUACACUUGAGUUACACGAAAAACUCGCUGCUCUACACCUUCAUCAACAAGUAAAAGAACAUUUAGUUUCUUCUGAUUCUGGUGCAUCUAAGCAUGCAGUACACUCGUCGUCAGUCACACCGAAAGUUGAUAGUUCACAAGCUAGCUCCACUAAACAUGAACAGAAUGGAGUUGAGGUUGUUCGUCAAAAUCCUGCCGCAGUUGUUAAUGAAGUAACAGCGUGCGCUGAACACAUUAACCAAGUACAAUUGCAUCAUUGUGCAGAUCAGACCCAAGAUACUCCUACACCACGUGAAGCAUCAGUUGGUGUAUCAGAUACAGAUGGAACAAAAGAAAAUCAAGAUCCGGGUAAAAAUAAAACCAAGGCAACUGAUUCCGAGAAUGCCUUAUUCUUAGAUGUUGGUUCACUUGCUCCACGUAAUUCAUAUUGUGCUUUAUGCGAUACACAUGACUACUUGCAUCAAAUUGAACUACCAGCCUAUUUAAUCUCUCCGUGUUAUCAUUGUCGUGAAUAUCUUGCACGUGAAGCUAAGAUUACUCCUGAAAUCCUCUUAGAUUUACAUUUACAGCACAACAUACCUUGGCCAGGAUUUUUGCAAGCUAGACUUGGUAUUCCUAGCGAUGGAAGAUCAACUGAAGAAUUGAUUGCUUAUGAUUGUCGAUGGAGAAGUAGACAACCUUGUCGAUGUUAUGCUGCUCUAGAUGGUUCAUUAUUACCACCUUGUGUUGAGUUCCCAUGGUUAACUCCUACAGUCUGUGGAUCUGCGUAUGAAGUGAACGAAACUGUAAUAACUCCAAAGAAGGUUAAUAAACCAUAUACAUCGAAUUCUCCUCCAAGCUCAGAAGUCUCCCCAUCGGUCAAUAUGGAAUCACGCGUACCUGAUUCUUCCCCAGUUACACAAGCACAAUCUACUACAACAAAUCAAACUAUGACUACCUCUACUGCAACCUCGGUGAACGCAAGUAUCUCAUCAACGACAGGAUGUCCUAAUAAUACUCCUUCUAAGUUAUUAUUGCCAUGUUCUAACAGACAUGCUCGUGGUGCUCCAAUCACUUGCUGUCAUGGUAUCCACUUCCCCUUAGUUGGCAUACCAAAUACUUCAAAUCAAGGUGUUAACCAAAACCAAGAUACUAGUAUUCCCUCAUCUACUGACCUUAACGAUUCCAAACAAUGGACUGACACAUGCCCAGCUGUUACACUUCACGAAACACAACAAGGACUAUCAACAAUCAAUGAUUCAUCUUCUUAA